AUGGCCACCGCCGUCGCGACGCGAAUGGCGACCGCGGCGCUGAACCGGGCGCUCCGACGCCGCGGAAUCGGCGGCGGUGCCGCCACCGCCACGCGCGACGCCACCCGUCUCUCGCCCGCCUCUCGCGUCCACCCGCGGGUCGGGUCGGCGCGCGGCUUCGCGACGAGGCGCUCGGGCGUCGCGAUGCGCGGUUGGCGCAUGGGCGAAGGGUCCAGCGGCGUCGCCGACGAGACGGACGGUGGGGACGGGGACGGGGCGAGGCCCGCGAGCGGGUGGGCCAACGCCGGCGCUCGAGCGCGGGGGCGCAAUGCGAACAACAGGUCGGGGGGUUCCCGCGAGCGAAGAGCGCCGCCGUCCCGUCGGUACGCGGACGACGAGCGCGGAGACUACGGCUCGUUCGACGACGACGGGUUCGACGACGACGGGUUCGACCGCGGCCGCGGCGCGCGCGGCGGCCGCGGCGGCCGGGGGUCCAAUCGCGGCCGAGGCAAUCGAGGAGGCAAUCGAGGAGCGCCCAGGGGGCGCGAGUCCUACGCCAGGCCCGAGUACGACGACGCGUCCUCCUUCGACGGCACCCCCGACGGCACCCGAACCCGGUGGCAGACGCGCCACGACGAGAAGAAAGCCGCUCGCCACGCGCGCGGCGACCUCACCCUGGCCGAGCGGGUCCGCGGCGAAGCGGUGUUCGGCCGCAACCCCGUCCUCGCCAUGCUCGCCGCCCGCCGCAGGGAAGAAAUCUCGGCGGUGUGGAUCCAGGAGGGAUCCGACGCGUCGCGGGACCGGGCGCUCCUCAAGGCUGUGCAGGCGAGGGGCAUCACGCCCGAAUACGCCUCGAAGCACGACCUGAACAUGCUCGUCGGCGGCGACGGGCGGCGGCCGCACAACGGAGUCGUCGCGGAUGCCUCCCCGUUGACCCCUACGCCCAUCGACUCGUUACCGUUACCCGCGGAGUGGGCGACGGAUCGAGCGGGCGACGGAUCGGGAUCGUCCGUUGAUGACAAUCAAUCGCGUCCGAGCGAUCCGCCGGUGUGGCUCGCGUUGGACGAGAUCGUCGAUCCGCAGAACCUCGGCGCCAUGCUUCGGUCCGCACACUUCCUCGGCGUCGCCGGCGUGGUGGUGUGCGCUAAGAACAGCGCGCCGCUGUCGCCCGUCGUGUCCAAGGCGUCGUCCGGCGCGCUCGAGCGCAUGGACGUGAGGUCCGUGGGCGUGAUGCCGCGGUUCUUGCAGAGGUGCGUGGAGGAAGGGUGGGACGUGUUCGGCGCUGAUAACGCUCCAGACGCCGAAGACGUUACAGCUGUGUCGGUGGCGAGGCCGAGCGUGGUUGUCGUGGGGAACGAAGGCGCGGGGCUGAGGACCAACGUCAGACGGGCGUGCAACCGCGUGGUGCGCAUCGAGGGAGGAGGAGGCGCUGAGCGCGGGGUGGGCGAGGCUGGGGUGGGCGAGGGAAGCGAGGGUGGGGACACGGUGGACUCGCUGAACGUGUCCGUCGCCACCGGCAUCUUGCUUCACUCCAUGCUGACGUCUUCGAGGGCGCGCCGUUGA